AUUCGAAGGCGACUCGGAGCCCGGCAGCUCAGUUUUGGUCUGCUUUGAUCUGACUGGGUUGAGGUGGAGGAGGAAGAGGGGGUGUUGCUCCAGUCCCGUUCUCCGCCGUGGGAUGGAUGAGUUGCUGCUCACUGCCCCCUGCCUGGCUGCCUGCGCUCCUUCUCCUCUCUCACAAGGCAAAAUGGCGACUGAGAGCGAGCAACGGCCGGACAGCGGCGACCCUCCGUCCGAGGAACGAGCCCCGAACAGCGGCCAGAAACCUGAUGUUGACAUGGACAAUCUCAGUAAACCAGAACUACUGACCCUUCUUAGCAUCCUCGAGGGGGAACUGGAAGCGAGAGAUCUGGUGAUAGAAACCUUGAGGUCUCGACGGAAAGAUGUCUUUAUCCAAGAACGCUAUGGGAGGUUCAAUCUUGGCGAUCCAUUCCUGGCUCUGCAGCGGGACUAUGAAGCAGGUGGUGGAGAUGGCAGCAAGGAUAAGCAGCCCAUCUGCGCCAGUCCACUAUCCAUAUUGGAAAUGGUCAUGAGCCACUGUAAAAAGAUGCAGGAGCGAAUGUCUGCACAGUUGGCUGCUGCUGAAAUCCGACAUCGAAAGGUCAUCUUGGACCUUGAAGAGGAGAGGCAUAAACAUGCCCAAGAUGCAGCCCAGGGAGAUGAUGUUACAUACAUGCUAGAGAAAGAGCGUGACCGUCUUUUACAGCAGGUGGAAUUUGAGAAAUCCCAGUUAAAGCAACUGGAGACAGAAAAUAAGAAGAUGUCCACGCAAUUUGAAGAAGAGCGCAUGAAAAAUAAGCAACUUGUGAUGAUGCUGGUGAAGGAGUGCAAACAGCUUGCUGGCAGAGUGGUCGAUGAAAGCCAGGCGUUAGCAGAAAUCACCAAAACUCUGGAGGACGUGCAGAAAAAGAGCAGUGAGUUGGAGGAGGAACUGAUGAAUGAGAAAAAGAAAUGUGUCCUGAUGGAAGCUAAGAUGGAAAAACAACUCUCAGAGUUUGACAUCGAAAGAGAACAGCUCCGUGCCAAACUUAAUCGCGAGGAAAACCGUACCAAAGACCUGAGACUGGAAGUUGAGAAUCUCAAGAAAAUGAUUGAACUUAAUAAAAGUGAAACUGGUUCACUAUCCAGUAGUUUAAGUAGAGACUUUGAUGUUGGAUUAAGUAAGCAAAAUAUGUUAACUGUUGCUUCCCAAACAGAACCUUUUGUUGAUAUUCCCAAUGAAAGUAACACUAAAAAGCCAGCUUUAGCGUUACCUGCUAAACCAUCUGCAGGAAAUUCUCUGACUGUAGGAGGCACAAAGUCGAGUAUGUCUAGCAACACACCUUUAGUCAAGGCAGUUGGUGAUAAACUGCUGGCAAUAAUCAGUUCAGAAGACAACCCAACGCAAACCAAAGUUGUUCCUUCCAGUUUGGAGAAUGGACCCUCAGUUAGCAGCAGCCCUGGUCCCUUGGUUAGUGGUGCAUCGCUGUCACUGAGCAGUACCAUUGUUCCCUCUCCCCCUUCUUCAGUGUCAACGUCACCGUGCCCUUCACCAGGAUCACCUAUGCAGAGUUUGAGUUCGCCGAGCUCGUGCACAACUAUGCAAUCGGGACUGAGUCCAAGAAUUCAAGCUGCUCGAUUUAAAUUUCAGGCCCAGGCUGGGGACCAGGAGAAGCAUGGCAGUCCUGCGAUGGGGCCCAUGUCGCGGGAUUUAUCACCCACUAAUCGGGAUAACUCUCCUGCCAAGCAGCUUGCUCGGAAUACAGUCAGCCAGGUUCUGUCAAGGUUCACAGGUCCUCCAAGUGUAGUUAAACCACCUUGUACGAACAGUACAUCUCCAUUUGGCACAGAAAACCGGAAUCUUACUGUUAGUAAUCUAAAACCUGGAUUGGCACAUUCAGCAACAGGAGCAAGAGUUGACCGAGGAAAUCCACCACCUAUUCCUCCAAAAAAGCCGGGACUGUCACAGACUCCAUCCUCCCCUCAUCCACCAUUAAAAGUUUUUAUGGAUGGGAGUCGUUCCCCAACUGUUGGGUUUAACACUCGGAUGGAAGGUAGAACCAUGGCCUCAUCCUCUUCCAGUCCACAUCCAGGAAAUAAGGGAACUAAUGAGGAGAUUCUUCCAAAGACAGCAUUGCCACAAUUGCCACCUAAGCCAGCGGUGGAUAUAACAUCUACUGGCUGUGCUGUCCCUGCCGUGGCUGCAUCUCAGGUGGGUGCUAGGCCUUCCUUAUCCCCCAAGCUGAGCCAAACAGCAUGUUCAGAAUACUCCCUCAUCAUCACCACCAUCGCCUCUAGCACCUCCAUUGACCUUGCUAGUACAACCAAAAGAACCUCUUCCGUUAGACCUUGUGGCACAGGCAAUCUACUGAUCACAUCAUCAGGCAGGUCUCCCUCCCUAAUUCCUUCAUUAAUGCCUAGUGGUCCUGUCCCCCUGGGUGGCAGGUCCACUCUGCUUCACCAAGCUGCUGCCCAGGGAAAUGUCACUUUAUUGUCAAUGCUGCUAAAUGAAGAUGGAAUUGAUAUUAAUCAUCUUGAUGAGGAAGGUUCAUCUGCCUUGUAUUCUGCUGCUAAAUCUGGAUAUACAGAUUUUGUAACGUUACUGCUGAACUCUGGAGCACAGGUUGAUGCUGUGGGAAAGAAUUUAUACACACCAUUGUGUGCAGCUGCUGCAGAGGGACAUGUUGGAUGCACUGAAGUGCUCAUUGCUAAUGGUGCAAAUGUAAACUAUGCUGCUAAGGAAGAUGAGACUCCUCUGUAUCUAUCAUGUAAAAAUGGACAUCAUGAAUGUACACUGAUUUUAUUGAAAGCUGGAGUGGAUUAUAACACAAAGACUAUUAAUGGCUGGACUGCCUUUCAUGCCGCUGCGAAUUCUGGUCAUGUAGAUUGCCUGAGGCUUCUCGUGUGUCCUCGAGUAUCUGGGGAUGGAAGGUUUGCUGAUGAGUCAGAGCACAAGUCCAGCUCCACAGAACCUGAAUGUCCAGAAGGGAGUGAUAAAUUCAGAGUGGAGAAUAUGGUUUCAGCUGACCUAAUCAACCAGGUCGACAAAGAAGGCUGGACAGCUGCCCAUAUUGCAGCAUCGAAAGGUUUUAAGAAUUGCCUGGAAGUGUUCUGCAGGCAUAGUGGAUUGGAUCCAAAUAGGAAAGAUAAAUAUCAAAGGACUGUACAUGAUGUGGCCACAGAUGACUGCAAGCACCUGCUGGAGAAUUGGAGUGCGCAUAAGGUACUGCUACAAAUUUCAAUGAAACAUAGUGAACAGAUUUCUAGCAGUACUGAACAUGUCGAGAAAAACAUUGCAGUUGGCAGCUUGAUCAUCCACAUACAGACUACCUGGGAUGACCUGUCUAGAACUGUAGCUGUGACACUGAAGAAUCACUACAAAGCUGUUAUGCAUGGAUGGGAAUUGCCAGAGACUUCAAACCUUGUGUAUAGUACUGAAUAUGACUUCAUUUCAAGUGGCAUUUCUGCAAUUGCAAUAGGUGAUGAAAUUUGGAUGCCAGGACAAAUUUUGACGGCCUCUCCUUGGUCAUUGAUAAAAUGGAGCCAAGAUAAUUUUGUCACGGUAUUCUUAAAUGUUUUACAGGAGGGGUUCCUUGACAGCAUAGCUUAUGCCUCUCUCAUUCCUGUCUGUAUACUUCAGAACUACCUCCGGCUGGUUGAGCAAUAUCGGAAUGUAAUUUUUCAUGGGCCAGUGGGAAGCUGUCAAGACCAUGUUGCACAUCAAGUUGCAAACUGUAUCAAGCACAAGCAGGAAGCUAUUGGCUCCAUCUGUGAAAUAAUACAGAUUGAGAUGGAAACAAGUUUAUCUAAGGACCAGCUGGUGGAGCUGUUUAUUCAAAGAGGUAUCCUGGUACCUUUGAAGCAGUCUUUUGUUACUGAGAAGGUAACUGUAGUCUUGAUGAAAAACCUGGAGACAGCUGCUUCACUUUCAGAGUUUCUAGGUGAACUUCUGGAUGCCCUAGAAAACCGAGGCGCUGAAAAUGCCUUCACUUUCCAGCAUGUCAAUGGAAAUUCAGAUACCUAUUACUUCAAAGAAGAUGGUUUUCUGAUAGGAACAAUGACAAAGACAAAGCUUCAAAGUUCAGAUUUAAUGGUGCAACAACAUUUUCGAUGGGUACAGCUUCGAUGGGAUGUGGAGCCUAUCAGUGGUUUGCUUCAAAGAUUCCUCAAAAGACAAGUUAUUCACAAGUUUCAAGGCCAGUUACCAGCUCCCUCUGAUCCAGUACGCAAGGCUGUCCAGUGGGUAUGCACAGUCUGGUACCAGCUGAAUUCCUACUUGUCCCGGUUGGGAACGCCUGAGGCUUUGAUAGGACCAAGAGAUUUCUUUUCCUGUCCAAUCAUGCCAGGCCAGGUGCAGCCUAUAAUGAGCUGGAUGGCCAACUUGUGGAAUAAUGUGAUUGCUCCCGGAGUGGAAGAAGCUAUUCUUUCCCGAGCCUCAGUAAAGAAAUCUCGACAAAGGCAGCCUGUACGUAAGAGCCUUAAUCAGGGGCAGCAGGCCGUUGUCAAGGCUGCUCUGAGCAUCUUACUCAACAAAGCUGUACUACACGGCUGUUCUCUUUCCAAACAAGAGUUCGAAGAAUGUGCAUCAGAAUUUCAAGGGUGGCAUUUUCCUUUAACCAUGAUAUCCAGUUACAAGACCAGCAAAAAGAAAAUUGAUAAUGAUGCUUGGCGGAAAGUGAGCACUACUCCUCACAAGAAGUCUGCUCAUUCAAUGUCGCAGUCAUGGAACAAGCUCAAAGGGAAUAGGGAGGGAAUUCAGCUUGUGUCAGAAUUGCCGAAGAACUUCAACGAGUUGAAUACGGCAACAAAACUACAUUCCCUCGAGAAUAAUCCACUGAGGACUUCAGAUUUAGAGCAAGGAUUAUCUCUGUACACAGAUGAAGAUGAAGACCUCAUCAGUGAACUCCAAAGUCUGUGCUUAAGCAAAUCAGAAUCUGAUAUAAGCAAGAUUGACACGUCAAAGGAUCUUUUCUUUAUGAUUCCUGGUUCUCAGAGAGAUCAAUCAUCCUUAAGGACAUUAAAAGAUCCUACUGCUCGCUUGCCAGCAACAAAGGUUUCUGAUUAUACUCUAAGAAAUGGCACACCUACAUCAAGUAACGACGUUAAAAGAGUGAGCAGAUUGGGCCUCUCAAGGGUGAAGUCGCACCUACCUGUACUCCUGAAUAAUGCACACCGUAUUCACCACAGCAGCAGUAAUACAAGGCAUUUAGAAUCAAAUAACAAUACAUCCAUGGAAAUUUGGAAACUCGGCAAAACUGUACAUGAUGCCAAUAACAACAAAUAAGACAAUUCUCUCAGAAAACAUGAUUUCCAAGUCUUCAAUUUAACAGUGUAAAACAUAGAUCUGUAAAAUAUUAAUUAAAUGUAAAAUUGCUCUUUAUUGCUAUAUGUUUAUUUGGGACCACAGUGGUUAUAUAUUGAGUAUUUGACAGUGCUGUGAUAAAAGCACUAUUUUUAGUUGCUGCCUUCUAGACUUAUUGAAUUCUUGAGUUGUGUACCUAAAAUGGUUGUGUGUUUUUUUUGAUGCGAGAAGAAUUUAUACAAAAAGCAAAUGGUUUGUUGCACAUAUUUGCAAUCAUUGUUAACAUUUUUUUAUUCAGGGUUUUUCCACAGAAUUAUAUAUAUUAUGAAGCAAGAAGAGCCAUGUGAUACACGCUUGGUAUCCAUGGCAUGAUAUGUGUAAUAUGCUCAAAUGUAUUUACAUUUUUUAAUAUUAAAAACCUCCUUUCAUUGGAUUUUAUCCAGUGAGUAGAAUGUGGCAAUAAAUGUAAAUGGAAAUGGAGAUUUUCAUUCAAUAAGAGAAGCCAUAUUAAAUGUUUUAAUGGAAUUCUAUCUCUUCAUAAUUUCUCUUUUUUAAUGUAAUGUAUGGUUAGUCGCAAGUCUGCAGUUAUACUGCAUUGGCUAACAAUUUACAGUGCAUGUAUGGAUAAAUAUUACAGUUUGUAUAGAAGCUCUGCAGAAAUCUUGUACUUAUUUUUUAAAAUGAAUGUAAUGGAAUUUACUGAAGUAAAAUGUAAGAAGAGAAACAAGGAAGAA